CUUGAACUUGACCUGUAAGUUAUGCAGGUAGACUCAUAUGCCAAAAAUCAGGCAAAUAUUUGAAAGCAUAUAUAGGGAAAAACUCCGGCAAACAGAUUCCGGACACAUGGGCUGACAGUGCUAUAUAAAACCCUACCUGGUAUGAACACUCAGAAGCUAACCACUCAUUUGGCAUGUUGCAGGCCGGUCAGCCAUUUAGACCUGUUAUUAAAAUGAACAUCACUCACUACAUGCCAUGCAAAAAACCAAGAAGGUCAACAAGACUGGAGUUUAAAGAAAAAGAAGCAGUAAAAGAAAAAUCUGUUCAGUCCUCACCAUUGGGCUUUUUUGAUAUGUUUCCAGUGGAGCUGAAAUUAAUGUUUCUGAAAUAUUUAUCAGUUGAAGAUUUAAGCAACCUAACAAUAACAUCUAAAGUAUUUAGAAAUCUGGUUGAAGGGUUCUUGACCAUCCACCCAAUAUUGAAGAAAGAUAUUGUUGAUAGGAUUCAUAUACAGAGUAAAUACCUACCAAUGCCAGCCAUUAAACAUACUGACUACAUCCAGUUGUUUGGGAGAUUAGGUCUGCUGAUCAAGCGCUCAACUUGUUUGUACUCAACAAAAGAUCGCCUUAAGUUCAUCAAUGAGGUUCUUACCAAGUUACUCUGCUGCAACUACACAGAGCAUUGUGAGGACCUGAGCAUGUGUCUGGCCAUGUCCUGCUUUGGCAAGUUCCUGCACACUGUGAUAGCUGGCUGGGACGACUGUGAAUGUGUUAGAGCAUACGAGGCUAUAUGCAGCCAUACAUGUUUAAUGAAAAAUGUCAAACUUGUUCUUAUGUCCAAAUCAGGUAGUCACCAGAGGCUUGAAUUUGAGAUACGGUGUUUCUUCCGGCGUGUCUUCUUAGACCCAUGCAGUUCCAUUCAAGACAAGGCAUUUUGGAUGACUAGAAUAUUGAAGCCUUGGCCACUUGUUUACCAAGCAAGACUGAUUUUCUUGAUCUACGGCCCAGUUUUGGAAGAUGAGAUAUUAUGGUUUGAGCUGAGUGAAAACACUCCAGCUGUGAAUUCUGUCCAGUCUUCUCAACACAUGGGGGGCUUGGCCAAUGCUCUGCAAAUACUGCAUCACUACAAACAAGAGUGGUCAGAGGAUGAUGUUGUCAGUAUUAUUGAUGAAAUGACAAGUUCUCCUGAAGAGUGGUUGGCUGAGAACAUGGCUCAUUUGUUGAUACUAUGUGGAGAUGUCAUCACUUCCAAACUGCUCAUCAGCAAAGCCAUCAACGGAAGGAUGAUGGAGCUUUCCAGUCUAAUCACCUCAUUUUGUCUGGUUUGUGUGAAGAACAGCCUGAACUUGGACUAUGUGAUAGCGAUGAUCCGCCAUGUUCUGAGAGUGAUAGAUAGUGCCAAAGACAGACAAAUCUUCUCCUGCAGCAUUACUGACAUGUUCAAAGAGCUCAUCAUUGAUAUUCAUGAAUUCGAAGAAGGGCAAGGCAAUGACAUGUUUUACAUGGUCACAUCUAUGGCAGAGUUCACAAAGAAGAUCAUGAUGUUGGCUUUUAAAGAACCGUAAUUUUCAUCAGAGAUCAACAGUAAGGUCCUCUUUGUGAAUGUAGGGAUAUUGGGAAAGGAUCAUGUACCAUUUCAUUUUUAAAAGAUGUUUGUUUGGAAUUUAUUACGACAUUAUAUAAAGUUAUUAAUCUGAAUUGUUCACUUAAAACUAUGUUCAUACCAUGCUUUAUUAAUUAUGACCUUAAUUGGAUUCAUUUACUGCAAUCUUAUGUUGUCAAAUUUUUUCAUACAAUCCUUAUUAUGCUUCUGAAGGGGGAAGGUUAUACAGUUCCUGUACUGUCUUUCACUCCAUCAGUCAUUCCGCACUUGUCUGGUUGUCAUUCUCUAAAAUUUAGUAAGCAGGUAGAUCUCAUAAAGAUGUGCAAUGCAAAUGAACCAUAACUCUUUCUCCUCCAAAUAUAGAAUUGUUGCCCUUUUAAAAUGUUUAUGGAAAUAUUUUGUCCAGAAUAAUCAUUGAAAAGUUAGAGCGGUAUAAGCUUGAAAUUUACUGUGAAGUGGCACACAGAAUCUAAUUUAGAGAAAUGGCUUGCACAAGAACAAUAACUUUUCCUCCCCUCUUUUAAGCUUUUUUUCAUUUGCUCAUUUUCAUUCUUCCAUUAAUUCUAAAAAGAAAAUCAAACUAUGACUACCAGUAUAAUGGUGGUAUUCACGCAACAUGCAUGUGUCAGUGGAAUUAAGCAAGGGCAUCCGUUUAUGAUGGACAUAUGAUGUUGAUUGUUAAAACUUGGUAUAACUAUAUGCAAGAAAAAAACUGUGAUAUUUAUAUUUUUAUGCAUAUUCACUUACAGAUUGACAUGAAUUAUAUUUGAUGUGAUAUUAAUUGUUAUCAGUGAUUUGUUUAUGUCUAUAUGUUGAUGUGAUAACACAUGUUUUUGUCACUGUUGUUACAUUUGACAUUUCAUUACCAUCACUUGUUAUUUUUGCAAUACAUCAAAACCUAUUUUAGCCUUUAUAACUAAAACAUUUGUUAUUCAAUAACUUCCCUUCUGCAAUUGUGAUAUUUUAUGCUGUGGUAUCUAGUAACUUAAUAUCGAUAAAGAAAAUAAACCGAUUUCAUAUGCAUGUAUACACUAUGCAGUAAACGGUUUGUAAAUACCAUUUUAAGACUUUAAAUAACACAUUAAAAUCUGGGUUUGUAUGUGUAUAUUAAAAAAAAAAACAUAAUGAACAAAAAUAUACCUUGUACAGGU